AUGAACUCUCUUAACAACGGCAUGGUUGUCGUCCCGAUCCUAACCCCUUACGGAACCCAACUUGUACCGAUGUCGGUGAACCAACUCCUUGGAUCUGGAAUGGGAAAUCAAAUGCCUUCUGCUGAUCUCAACUCCUUGACUCAGACUUUUCAACAGCAGCAGGCCGCCAACCUCCGAAAUAUUCAAGCAAUUCAAUCACAACUUCGAUCCUUCCAAUCCAACCAAAACCCGAUCGUGAGCUCCAUUCUCCAGCAAGCUCAAGCCGCUCAGCUCAACGCCACCGCCCAAAAAGCUCAGUUCGGUCACGACUCGCACAAGAUGGAAAUGGACAAGAUCACGGCGAAGCUGGACGCGACAAAGCUUCAAAAAUCCAGCUCUUCGAAGAAAGACCUCGGCGCGAUUGGCGAUCUCCGACCAAUGUACAGAUCGACUUCUCGCGGCCAGAGCUCUGGAUUCUCCUCUGGAAAUACUUCGGAAUCUGAUUCUGGACAUUCGAGAAACUCGAUUUCUCCGAUCGGGACGAAAUUGCACAUGAAGGGAAAAACGCAGUCGUAUACUUCUACUUCGCAGUUUUCGUCGAACUCUUCUGGUUGGUCGGAAGGAUGCUCUGGAGACGAAACUGGCUCCGGAAAAUUCAAUUCAUUCAAACUUCUCGAACAACGAAGCGGAAGCAAAGCUCUCUUUCUUCAAAAAAUGGUUGAAGUUCUUGAAUCUUACUUCUCCGACGAAGGACUAAAACGAAAUCAAUUCCUCGCCAAGCAAAUUCAACUAAAUCCCGAAGGAAUUCCUCUCAAAAAAGUUGCAGCUAUGCGACGAGUCAAGGCGUUGACACGUGACUACAUGACCGUCGCGUCUGCUAUCCGAAAAUCUUCCAUGCUCGAGCUGUCACGUGACGGCCAACUGGUCAAGCGAACUGUUCAACCAGCUUCUCUCGAGCCCCCAAAGCCCAUCCGAACCGUCCUUGCCAUCAAUCUCCACGAAAACCCGACCGUCGAAACGGUCACUAGCGCCUUUGCCAAGUACGGUGAUUUGACUCAAGUGCGCGUUAUCCGGCCAACUUCGGCGCUGCCCGCCUAUUUGAAGGAGUUCACUAUGUGGGUUCCUGAUCUCGGCACCACCAACUGCGCUGUGAUCGAGUUUGAGACGCAGGAUGAGGCUCAAGCUGCUUGCCGAGAAAUCAACAUGGCAAACAGAGAAAACGGAAAGCUCAGAGUUGCUCUCCUCAAGCCCGGCGCUCGAAUCCGCCGCACUCUCUACCGCCAAUACAAAGAAGACGACGGUAAAACUACCGAAACCAAAAAACUUCCCAAGUUCGAAUUAAAAACUCUCUCCGACUCUGGACACGGCUCCGACGGAUCCGCCGAAAUCUCAACAGAAAACUCCGAAGACGAAGAAAAAUGCUCUGCAAAGGUCAGAAACAACUUCGCUCCCGCAUACGUUGUUGGAACCCGACGAGCCUGGCUGAGCAAAUCGCUUCAAAAAGACGCCGAAACUGUCCUCCCCGAGAACAAUUUGAGCAACGCGAUCCGCCAACCACGUGGUCCAGUCGAGGGAAGCCGCGGCUUUGACGCCAAAUUUUCCCGAAAUCGCUCUCGAAACUUUUUCGCCUAA